UUAAUUAAAAAAAAAAAAAACGAGUGUGAAAAUUACAAAAAUAAUAAGAGUGUGCUAAACAUGUGAUUGAUAAUUAAAAUUGACAACAAUUACCAGCAAAAUAAAACCAACAAUGGCUUUUUUGACAUCUGGAAAAUCAUUCAGCGGAAUAACAAGGUUCGUGCAUGAUUGUCCAACAAAUAAAAUGAUAACACUUAAAAAAUUGAGGUUAUGUGUGAUAAACACGACAAUUCGUCGUAAUAUAAAUGCAAAAGUUAUUGAAAAAUUGGAAAUGGAUGAAGAAGGGAAGGUAAAAGUCAAAAUGGAUUCAAGAAUUGAAGAGCUGAAUGAUAAAUUGAUCUAUUGUGAUUAUAUUGAAAGAAACAGGCUGAAAUUUGGGUAUCAACAGAACAAGGCAAUAGAAAGUGAAUUUAAGAAACAAAUAGAGACUCAGAAAUUUAACGAUCUUGCCUACAAACCGGUUUACAGUGUUGCGUUGAAAUACCUUCAAAAUGACACUGCCAGCGACCAAGUUGAAACAAAAGAGGACCCAGAUCCCGAGCCAGAGGAAAAAACUUGGAAGCCUAUUUACAUGCCUUACCAACCUACUGAUCAGUUCACGUCAGUGCGAAUGGAGAAGCAGGCAAAGCAAAAAGAGGUCGAUCUUCCUCAACUUAAUGAAAGAUUCAAGAAAUUAUACGAGUCGUACUUGGAAGUAAAAGAAGAUGAAAAGUCGACGAGGCAGGUGAAGAAAAUGGAGAACAGAAUAUUUUCUGUUGACACCAACAGGCCGGCUGAUGAUCUCUCAAAUAUUCCUCCAGACUGGAUGAGGGACUACGAGCAGUUCAAUGACUCAAAGAUAGACGACUCCUGGCAGUCUUGCUACGGGACUUCGAAUCCUGGCGUACCGGUCAGCUCGAUUCCUUGCGGAGGUUGCGGUGCUUUGUUGCACUGUCAGGAUUCGGCUAUACCUGGAUACCUUCCUUCAGAGCUGUUCGUUGGUCUGCAGAAUGAAGACCUCAAGAGCACCAUUUGCCAGAGAUGUCAUUUUAUGAAGUACUACAACGCGACUUUGGAAGUCAAGGUGUCUGCUGAAGAGUACCCUAAAAUUCUAAGGAAUAUAAAAUUUAAUGAAAAGAAAGCUGCUGUGAUCUUGAUGGUGGAUCUUAUGGAUUUUCCGUGCAGCAUCUGGCCGAAUUUAACGUCUGUAAUUGGUAAAAACACUCCAUUGUUCCUGGUGGGUACUAAAGUCGACUUGUUACCGCAAGACUGUCCCAGAUUUUUGCAAAACGUUGAAAAUGCUCUGGUCCAGGCUGUUGGAGAUAGUGGUAUCAAUACUACCAAGUUGAAAUAUGUUGGCUUGAUUUCUGCUAAGACAGGCUACGGUAUUGAAAGGCUUAUUACCAAAUUACAAGAUUUGUGGGCAUACAGAGGGGAUGUCUAUAUGAUUGGCUGUACCAAUGUUGGUAAAUCCACAUUAUUCAACACUCUUCUACAGUCGGAUUACUGUAAAGUACAAGCUGUUGAUUUGAUCCAGCGGGCCACUGUUUCUCCAUGGCCUGGGACAACAUUGAAUCUUCUGAAAUUUCCGAUUCUCAAUCCAGUAAAGUGGCGACUUGCUGAACGGUUUGAGCGACGUAGGAUUCAGCAGCUGGAGGACCACGCUGAAACUAAACAUCGGCAUAGAGAAGUUACUGCUCUUAGAGAUAUAAGAUAUGCGACUUUGCAAGAGCGGAUUGGAAGAACCUUUACAAGAAUGAUAACUGAUAAAGGUAGUGUUCAAGCCAGAUACGAAGCAGCCAAAGCCUCAGGAAAGUUUGGAAUUGACGAGAACGAUGAGUUUUACAAACACGGUCGUUGGUGUUACGAUACUCCUGGUGUUAUUCAUCCAGAUCAAGUUUUACAUUUAUUGACAACGGAUGAAUUAUUGUUAACUUUACCAAAAGAAAUUAUUUCUCCGCGUAGUUUUAUUUUUAAACCUGGACAGACUUUGUUUUUAGCUGGACUUGGUAGACUUGAUUUGUUAACUGGUCCUGAUUGGAUAAGAAUAACCGUAUUUGCUAGUAAAGAAUUACCGAUAACUAUUUGUCAUACUGUCGACGCUUCUGAGCUUUACAAUAAAUUACUCAUCACUGAAGCAUUGGCAGUCCCAACUAAUGAUCCAGAGAGAUUAAAAUUAUGGCCUGUGUUUAAGCCCAAAGAAUUUACAGUCCAAGGAAUAGAUAAAGAUGAAUCUGUAGCUGAUAUUCUUUUAUCAAGCGCAGGGUGGAUAUCAAUUACACCUGAUUACGGUCAAGAGGUCACCCUGAAAGCUUGGACACCAGAAGGACGAGGAAUCAACCUGCGAAAGCCAGCGUUGCUCGCGAAAUCAAUAACGCUACGUGGUCCACGCAUUAAAAUGAAUUCAGCUUAUAGAUGCGGCCGCCAAGUUUACGUUAAGGUAUAAAUAAAUAACAUAAUCGAUAAAAAAAAAAAUCUAUUUGUACAUAUAACAGUAAUUUUUAUAAAUAAUCCAUCAAAGAUGUAUUUAUUAAAAUAUAAGAAUUUUUUCAAGGACGGAUUUUAA